AAUAAAAACAUAAACAAAAACCGAAUUUCAUCAUAAUUCUUCAAUUUUUUAUCCAUUCCAUACAAAAAUUAAUGAUUUUAAAUCAAAACUCGUAAAAAUCAUGGAAGAAAGUGACGAAGACGAAUCAAUUCUCAGCGGAUUCAAAAAAGUUCAAGAUAAAAGUUCAGUUGAUGGAUUCGCCGAAGGACUUUCCGAUGGUCGAGAUGCUGUUUUCCAACAAGGAUUUGACGCUGGAUUCGAAGAUGCUUUCAAAUUUGCUUUCAUUUUGGGACAAUACAAAGCCCUAAAAGGACCUAUUUCCUUAGAAAACACGUCGCGAGGCGAAUGUUUAACAUGCCUCGAUGCGAAUUUAGUUAAACUUGACUUAAAAAUCCUUCGGGAGAAACAAAUUUCAAAAAAUACUGAGAGAAUUUCUCAAUUAAAGACCGAUUUUGGGGAGAUUUCAUACGAAAACGAAACAAAAAAUUAA